AGCAAGUUUAUUCCGCUCGGCAUCUCAGCUUACUACAGCAAAGGGCGAGUGUUACUGUAUGUGGUGAACUCGCAUCCUGCAAGACAGUGCGUUGAGAUAUUCACCUAUCAUAAGGACAAGAAUGUUUUGUUCUACAGAAAGUCUGAAGAGGUCGAGGCUGACAUGGGUGUCAAACAAUAUUCUGGUAGGAUAAAGCAUCAUUCUAUCCAAAAAAUACGCUUAGUUGAAGUUCACGCACCACUCGCUGAUUGCAGCUUAUACGAUGUUGUGGUUGUUGGAGCGGAUCGCUUUUUCGUCAGUAAUCUGGCCUACAUGGGGAAAGGCAAACUGCAAACGGCUGAGCUCCUCAUGCAGAGCAGUUUUGGCGCACUUUACUUCUUUGAUGGUCGAAAAGUCACACUUCACGAAUCGGGUCUUUCGUCACCUUCAGCUCUAGCUAUCGAUCGACAGAGAAAACUGAUUUUUGUUGGUUCACUAAUGAAUGAGGUACGACUUUCAAUAUAUAAAAACUGUUCUGCAGUGUUACAUAGUGCUACACUGCAGAACAACCUAGAUGCUGCUGUGCUUUGG